AUGCAUACAGAGCGUGUUCAAUCGGCUGUAUCAAAAAUAAAUGAAUUAGCAACAAAUUCUUUCACCAACUUGAAAUUUGUAUUUAUCGCUGGUGACAUAACAAACACCGCCUUAAAAUCACAAUUAGUGGUUCAGACUAUUUUGAAUAAUCUGACUGUACAAUAUUAUCCGAUAAUCGGUAAUCAUGACCAAUGGCCACAUAGUUCAACAUGGGAAACCGAACAAUCAGUUGGCGAUCAAAUAUUUCUUGAAGCAUUUAAAGCGAUAUUAACAAGUUCGAAUAUAAUUGGUUAUCCAAAUGGUACAGUCUAUGAUCCAAAAGAAAAGCGUCAAUCCUGA